CUGCCAGCGGCCAAGUGACAUCACAGAGGGGAGGGGAUUCCUUCAGAGAGCGCGAGGGAGAGGUGGAGAGACACCGAGAGAGAGAGAGAGAGAGAGAGAGAGAGAGAGAGAGAGAGAGAGAGAGAGAGGGUGAUGUGCAGUGGGGCGUUCGGAGGGUCGAGCAAAGAGAGAGAGCGCGCGCGGAGGAGGAAGGAGGGAUGACAGAGUGAUACACAGCCUCUCUCUCUCUCUCUCUUCAUUCAGAGGACUCUCGUCGUCUUUCCUCCCCCUCUCCGGGUGACCGGGGGGAUGACAGGGUGAUGUCCGGGGCUGUCAGUCAUGUCGGCGGCUCUGCGCUCCCCGUCCUAACGGGCUGAACCCGGUUCCCGCUGAGAGCACGAGCUCUCCGCCGCGCGCGCCCUCUCCUCCUCCUCCUCCUGUGCUCGCUCGUUAAUUAUUCAGACUCGGUGUUUAUGUAACGGCCGAGCUCGCGGACGGACGGAGGAGUGAUGUUUGUGUCGGUGUGGUACGCCAAGAAGAUGGGAAGAAGAUUCAUCAACAACGUGAGGAGGGCGAAGAGGCACCGGCAGAGGAUGAUGAUGAAUGGAUCAGAAGGAGAACUGGAGUAUGAAGAGAUCACACUGGAGAGG